AUGACAUCGCAACCGGUCGUUCUCGCACCAGCAACUCCUUCUGAGCUUUUAUCCUACAUUAUAUCAUACCAAAGAUAUCCCACAACACUAAUAAUCGGCUCUUCCAAAGCUGAGUUCCAUAGCUCACUAGUUGAGGAUGUCACACAUCAUCUCACUCUCCAAGAAGACAAUACAGAGGACUCAGCAACAGAGCCCUCUCAUGUCCUCCUAAAGUCAUCGCUAUACCAAAUCGCCAUUUCUCGCCAUAUACGAAUUAUAUUCACACCAACAGUUACACAUCUACGUGCUUAUCUUUCCGUUUUUACACCCACAAACUCAUUGCUACCAGCACCGCCAAACCACGCCUCUGACUCCCGUACAUCUCUUCUUCUGGUCUAUGGUCUCCUCGCUCUUCAUAGAGAUGCAAGCGAAUGGUCUGCACAAGGGAUUGGGAACUCUACAGCGUUGCUGGUUGAUGCCGCGUCACGGAAUGGGUUCAAGGCUGCUGUUGUUGAGCCAAAAGGCGUGGGCGGACACGAGGAUCUUGAACAGCUUGGAGAAGAAAUGAUACCCUUAUUAAAUGGAACAGCGAAAAGGGACGAUGGGAUAUGGAGCGGGCGGACUGUCAGCAUCAAGCAAGUUCUGAAUCGAUGGUUCAAGUUUGAGGUCCAGGAACAACAAACCUGA